UCUGAGAGGAGGCUCUCGAGUGUUUGAAAGCUUGGACGAACCCAAGUCCCAAGGCCGGCACGGCCCGUAACCGCCAAAACCUCCACGCUUUAAAAUAGGGCACGCCCUGGUCCUCCACACCCUGCACUCCAAGCUCCAUCAUCAGUGACACCGAGCUUACAAGCAAGAACUACCAGCGUUCCAGGAGCCAUGAGAUGGGGGAUCCGGAAGCAGCACGCGGCGCCGGCGGCGCGAUGCGUGCAGGGAGAUGAAGGCGAGAAAGGGAGCAAACAGAGCAAGGGCAGCAGGGCCUUCUCCUUCUCCCCUCUCUCGUGGCUCGCCAAGGUCACGGGGAAGGAGAAGCCCUGUGCGCUUGCGAAGCACGCGCCCGCGUCGUCUGCGUCUGCGAGCAUCAAAAACGGCGCGGCCGCGGGCGGGGCGCCCCCGUUCCCGUCGUGCCUCCCCAAGCGCACCAGCCCGAGCCCGGCGACGGCAGCGCCGGGCCGGCCGUGCAGCCCGCCGCCGCGCCGCUCCCCGCCCGACACCAUGCCGCGGCGGCUGUCGGUCGGGAACGACAGUGCCGACGCCGUUGACGCGCGCCGGCAGUGCCAGCGCCGCCGCAGGCACCUCUCCCUCGGCGGGGACCGCGAGCUCCCGCCGCUUGGCCGCCUGAUCCCCUUCUCCCACGCCGGAUCCCCCGCGCGCGCCGCCGCGGCGCCUUCGGACGCGACGGACGCCGCGGCGCCUUCGGACGCGACGGACGCCGCGGGGCCGGCCGCGCGGGCGAGGCGGCGCCUGCGGCGCCGCCGCAGCAGCCGGCGCCUCAGCGUGAGCAGCGGCGGGCGUAGGUCGGCGUCGUCGUCCAUCUCCAUCUCCGGGCGGAUGCUACCGCCGCGGGUGCGCGUGGUGCGGUCGCCGCGGCGCCGCGCCGGCGCCGCCGGGGUGGCGGAGAGCCUGGCGGUGGUGCGGCGGACGCGGGACCCGCAGCGCGCGUUCCGCGAGUCGAUGGUGGAGAUGAUCGCGAGCACGCGUGGCGGCGCGGAGGAGCUGGAGCGGCUGCUGGCGUGCUACCUGUCCCUGAACGCGGACGAGCACCACGACUGCAUCGUCAAGGUGUUCCGCCAGGUCUGGUUCGAGUACCUCAGCCUGCUGCCCCGCCCGGACGGGCGCCGGCGGCGCAGCUGAUCACCCCGGGAGCCGGCGAUCGGCGGCGUGUCGUGUGGUGUGGUGUGGCGGGGGUUGGUGCGCGGCUGGUUGUACGUACGCGCCAAGUUGCGCCGACGGCACGUGCGGCGCGGCGCGCGUUCCUGUCCCGAUGGCGUGGCGUGGGCAUCUGUGUGUAGAUUCCAAAAAUCUCCAGUUUCUAGAAUUCAAAUGUCUGAAACCGUGCAGUGCCGCUGCCGGCUGCCGUCCUUCUACAGUGGCAGUGUACUACAUUGUUUUGCUGCCGCCGUGUGUGGAGGUCAUUUUUUGAGCCUAGUUAGGUCAUGUGCAGUCCACAUUGUUGUUUUGCUGCAGUUGUUCUGGCAUGCUGGCACAGCGCCUGCCAAGGUCACGGAUCUGCUUGGGGCAGCGGCGUCGUGAAUUCAGUGAGACCGAUCGACAACAAACGACAGGCCGCCCCCCGACUGAAGACGAGCUGGUGAUUUGGUGCGUGUUGUGAGUAAAACAGUUCGAAGCGCA